AUGUAUCUAUUCCGAGGUGAUUUUGGGAAAAUGCUUUACACUGGUGAUUUUCGUUGGGAAGUAACAAGUAAAAUUACAGAGAUAGGAAAGAACAUGCUUCUUAGUGCUCUCAACAAUCAUAAAGUGGAUACCCUUUACAUAGAUAACACUUACUGCAACCCAUCAUAUUCAUUUCCAUCUCGGGAAGUUGCUGCUCAACAGGAAGCUUCUCGCUCUAAACCUGCAACAGAUAAAGAUAAGGAAAACGUAGAUGCUGUGGCCCUUCACAAACGUCAUGAUUCCAUUGUCCUCCAAUGGAUUUACAGUACGAUUUCAAAAGAUUUGUUAAUUACCAUUCUAAAACCUGAUUCCACAGCAGAACAAGCCUGUAAAUUGUUGGAAAACAUCUUCAUUGACAGUAAACCUUCAAGGGCGUUGUACCUAGAAAACAAGUUCAGCAAUGUCAAAUUGGAAUCCUUCUCUAAUGUUUCUGCUUAUUGUCAAGAACUCAAAACCUUGUCUGAUCAACUCACCAAUGUUGAUGCCCCGGUUUCUAAUGAUCGUCUAGUUCUUCAAUUAAUCAACGGGCUUGGAGACAAAUUUGAAAGCCUUGCUACUAUACUCCAACAAUCUACACCUCUACCAGAUUUCUACACCGCCCGAUCAAAACUAAUCCCGGAAGAAACCCGCAAGAAUCAUAAUUUCAGCACCAUCCUAACCGCAACCACCUCCAAGGCAUCGACUGAUACAGCAACAGCCGCCUUGAAUACUCAGACAACAGCCACCACUGACCGACAACACCAUCCACUGCCAACCGAACAACAGUACCGUAGUAGUAGUGUGCGCGGUCAGUUCCAACAGUUUGACUAUGGUGGCAGGGGGCGGCACAAUGGUAGAGGGGGUCGGGGACGCGGUCGGGGUCGCGGACGUGUAGCAAAUUUUCACCAAAAUUACUAUCCGCAACAGCCAACAAUCGGAUGGAAUGCCCCUUGGCAGCCACAACAAUGGAACUUUCCACCCGCACCAUACCCUACGAACCCGGUGAACAGUUAUCAAAAUAGAAAUCCUAACUUUGCAGGUGUUCUUGGCGCUAAUCCAUAUGGCUAUGCAGCUUCAAAAUCAAAUACCCCGACCAACAUUGACCAGGCGAUGCAUACUAUGACAUUAAACCCGGACCAGAACUGGUAUCUCGAUUCCGGUGCUACCAACCACAUGUCGAAUACAACAGAGAUAGUGGAGUUUGUUAAGUUCAUAUGCCCAACUCAAAUGAAAGGUAUUGUGUCUUCAUCAUCUUCUUAUGUUGAUCCUUGUUACCAUCUUCGCCACAUCUAUGGAACAUCGAGUUUAUAUGAAAAAUAUAUGGUUGAGGAAGAUAGGGAAAGAGUUAGAGGCAAAUGUAUGUCUGAUGAAAAGUUAAAGAGAAAAAGGAUCAAACAUUAUCAUUCAAGCUUUUGUAAAAGUAGGGUCAGUUUGUUAAGAAGGUUUAAAUGUGGUGUGAAGUUAAGUAAUGAAGAGUAUUGUGAUGAUUAA